AUGACAACCCCGAGGGUCUUUAUUGUCCGCCAUGGCGAAACCGAGUGGUCCUUGGACGGCCGGCACACCGGUACUAGCGAUAUCCCUCUCACGGCCAAUGGUGUCAAAAGAGUCCAGGCCACCGGCAGAGCGCUCGUGGGUGACGACCGUUUGAUUGUGCCGAAGCAGCUUGCACAUAUUUAUGUAUCCCCACGCACGCGUGCUCAGCGAACCUUUGAGCUGCUCAAUCUAGGAAUCAAGGACCCUCUACCAUGGAAGGAGCAUGGUGAUAAGCCUGAAUGUCGAGGCCCAGACUGUGACGCGCGCGUCGAGAUCACUGAAGACAUCCGGGAGUGGGAUUACGGUGACUAUGAAGGCAUAACUAGUGCUCAGAUCAGAGAUCAGCGGGAGAAGCAGGGUCUAAACCGCGACUGGGACAUUUGGCGAGAUGGCUGUGUCGGCGGCGAGAGCCCGGAACAGGUCACUGAGAGAGUAGACAGGCUGAUCAAGGACAUCCGUGAGAGAUGGCAGGCACCUGUAAUUGGCAAGUCCAAGGGCGAAGCAGCACACCACGGUGAUGUCUUGGUUGUCGCCCAUGGCCAUAUACUCCGGGCCUUUGCAAUGAGAUGGGUGGGCAAGACUCUCCCCGACGGCCCUGCAUUUCUGCUAGAAGCCGGUGGUGUUGGUACUCUAAGCUAUGAGCAUCACAAUAUCAAUGAGCCCGCAAUCUUACUGGGUGGUGCUUUCGUCGUAUCAUAG